AUGUCCGACCCCUACGACAGCGCAUCUCACAGUCUGCCAUCACCGCAUCGCUCACCUGCAGAAGCAUUAUCAUGUCCUUACGUUCCUGGAGCGACCUUUAUUGCACAUCGCCAUGUGCCGCCUGCGCCAUUCGGCGGCUCUUACUCCGAGAUCGAGAUUUCUAAUCAGGAAGACCUCCAGUGUAGUACCCAGCUUGACUGGUGCGUUGCGCACCCUCCUGCUGAGGGAGCCACAUUCUUUGACGACGCUCAUUCUUUCACCGUCAAAUCUGCGAUUCGCACUGGGGAGAACUGCGGCGCUCAACUCAUAUUUAUCGAUACCGGGCUCGUUGCGAAGAUCUAUGAUCCAAUGUUCUAUUCGUAUGGGGAACAGCCGGACUUGAAGAUCGAUGUCUCGAGUAUGGCUGAUUCUGACUACUCCAAUGAAGCUGCAGCAUACUCUGAGCUGCAAGGGACCCCUGCUCAAGGCAGCAUCGUGCCUGAAUAUCAUGGUUCUUGGACUAUGGAGAUUAUGAGCGUGGUUCGGGACGAGCACAUAACCCGAAGAGUGCGCAUGAUCCUCAUGGAUUAUGUGCCAGGCAUACGAAUGCUUGAUAUCAAACCUGAAUAUCUGACUGCUGAGGAGAGGGAGAACGUCAUGAUCAAAGUCAUCGAAGCAGACUACGACCUACGCUACGCCGGAGUUCGACAUGAUGAUCUAUCACCCAGAAACAUCAUUAUCACCACGCCAUCCAACUUGGCCGAUCCGCAACUUCGCUUGGUUUUGAUAGAUUUUGCGUUCUCAUUUGUGUUCAGAAUUAAUCUUGGGACCCGCCCAAAGGACAAGUAUCGCAACCCUUUGUUCGAAUGGUCGUGGCCCAGUCGAUGGGGUUCGUAUGGAUGGAUAUCACCCUGUAGAGAGGAAACUAUAAAAAGAAUGUGGGAAUUGUUUGGUGACGGUCGAAAGGGGAAAUAUGUGAAGGUUCAAAGAGAUCCCUCAAGCAAGCUUGGUGCCCCGAUAGAAGAGGAUUGGGAAAUCAAUGAGUGA